AUGGGUCCGCCCGAGUCUUACAAGCCCAGUCCGAUUAUGAACGCCAGCAUAUCCUCCAACGAUGAGUCUGCCUCAUCCCAGGGCUCCGUCGAGGACCCCGCGGACUUCCCAUCUCAUGAAGGUCUUGAGGACCCCCAGGGUUCAGCCACAGAUAUUCUGCCACGAGACCUUCAGCAGAAGACAGCAACAUACGAUUAUGCAUACGAGAAAUCAAUGAGCCACGCCGAGGCGAAACUGUUCUAUCAGCAUCACCAGCUGGCAUCAGCAUCAAAGGGUGGGGAGAAUACGGUGCCUGCGAGCCCCGUGCCUGCGGGACGCCCGGUGGCCGAUCCGUAUGAGUCAAAAGCGAUGGUCGCCCCAGACGCCAGCCCACAGCAGCAGAGCCAGGCGACACGGGAGCCGUCGAUGGGGCAGGAGCCCGAUUGGCAUCUCGGGCCUCCGUAUCAGCACGAGGCUGGCGGAGUAGCCCAAGCGCAAAACAGCCAUUUGGCCGCCGACCUCUCCGCACGCAACCAGGCCAUGCCCCUGGGCGGUGCCCCUCCCCCCGGAUCAUAUCUGUCCACAACAACGAUCGCGGAGGGAUAUCAUGGUGCGGGUCUCGGACUUGGGUUGUCUCAGGGUGCGAACGGGGUUGCGCCUGGGGGCGACGCCGUGACGUCGGAGCUGAAUGCCAUAUAUAGUAAGAUCAAAGGCCUCCUCGAUCGGCGGUCCAGAUACAUGGGGCUGUCCCUCCAAAGAGCAGGUGAUGACCCAAGGGAUCAACCCGAAUGGGAGAUCUACCCUCCUCCCCCCGAGCCCGCCUGGGACGAAGGCAAGGAGUACCAGCCAGGCAAUGUCGGAGGGCCGUCCGAUCUGACGGGGAAGAAGAGAAAAAUGGGAGAGGAUAUCGGGGAAGAUUUUGAAAUAACCGAGUUGUUGCCCCUCCCCCGGCAGGCCUCUUGGACAUACCGCCUGGAUGGCAGCAGCGUCUAUCAAGUAUAUGAAUCCGAGGCCGCCGCAGAUCGUCAGGAGCCGGUGGUCCAACUCCCUUCACUGCGUGACUUCUACAUGGAUCUGGAUGCCGUGGUAGACGUCUCCACCGACGGGCCGACCAAAAGCUUUGCCUUCAAGCGUCUAUCGUACCUGGAGGGCAAAUUUCAACUAUACACAUUGCUUAAUGAAUAUCAGGAAAUUGCCGACAGCAAGAAAGUACCGCAUCGAGACUUCUACAAUGUGCGCAAAGUGGACACCCACGUCCAUCAUUCGGCCUGCAUGAACCAGAAACAUCUUCUUCGCUUCAUCAAAAGCAAAAUGCGGAAAUCCCCCGACGAAGUGGUCCUCUUUCGAGACGGAAAGCAUCUCACGUUGCGAGAGGUCUUUGAAAGUAUCAACCUGACGGCCUACGACCUCAGCAUUGAUACACUAGACAUGCAUGCACACACCGAUUCCUUCCACCGGUUUGACAAGUUCAACCUGAAAUAUAACCCGGUUGGAGAAUCCCGACUCCGUGAGAUUUUCCUGAAGACCGACAACUACAUCAAGGGUCGGUAUCUGGCGGAGAUCACUAAGGAGGUGAUUUCCGACUUGGAAUCUAGCAAGUACCAGAUGGUCGAGUGGCGAAUCUCCAUCUAUGGACGAUCUAUCGAAGAAUGGGAUAAGCUCGCCGCGUGGGUGGUAGACAACAAGCUGUUCUCUCCCAACGUUCGCUGGCUGAUCCAGGUGCCCCGCCUUUACGAUGUGUACAAGUCAAGUGGGAUGAUGGAAAACUUUGAACAGGUCAUCACGAAUGUGUUCCAGCCGCUGUUUGAAGUGACCCAAGACCCGUCCAGCCACCCCAAGCUUCAUAUCUUUUUACAGCGGGUGGUGGGAUUUGACAGCGUCGAUGAUGAGAGCAAGGCUGAGCGACGGCUCUACCGCAAGUACCCCAUUCCUCGUGAGUGGGACACAAAGCAGAAUCCGCCUUACAGUUAUUGGAUCUAUUUCAUGUUCGCUAAUAUCGCCUCGCUUAACAACUGGCGGCAGCACCGAGGAUUUAACACCUUCGUGCUUCGGCCGCACUGCGGUGAAGCAGGUGACCCGGAUCACUUGGCCGUCGGCUUCCUGUGCUGCCACAGCAUCAGCCAUGGGAUCCUGUUGCGCAAGGUGCCUCUGUUACAAUAUCUCUACUACUUGGACCAGAUCGGUAUCGCCAUGUCGCCGCUCAGUAACAACGCGUUGUUUUUGACGUAUGACAAGAACCCGUGCGCCAGCUUUUUCAAGCGCGGACUCAAUGUUUCCUUGUCUACCGAUGACCCUCUACAAUUUGCCUUCACGAAAGAGCCUCUGAUCGAGGAAUAUUCGGUGGCUGCCCAGAUAUAUAAGUUCAGUGCGGUUGACAUGUGUGAGCUCGCCAAACAUUCUGUCGAUCAGAGUGGAUUUGAACUUUCCUUGAAGCAAAGAUGGCUGGGUUCGAGCUGCGUUCUCCCUGGUGUGGCUGGCAACAAUGUGGCCAAGAGCAAUGUUCCCGACAUCCGCGAAGCGUUCCGGCAUGACACCCUACUAGCGGAAUUGUCUCUGAUCGAGCGCUAUUCCGAAAUCCCUGGCGCAGACGAUCGAAAUGUCUUGGCUCCUGGUUUACUUCAUACCGCCAACCAAGCGUCUGUGAAGCCCCCACAUCUAUCGCCCAGGAAUCACGUCUCUUCUGAAUCUACCCCUCCACAGCUAUCUGUGCCCUUCAAUCAAGGACUGAGCCCACAGUUAGCUGGUGACUCUAUUGAUCAAUUACAUUCGGACCCACGACUCAUGGCCAAGGUUACGCCGACCCCUCGGACGAUUCAGCACAUUCCGUCCCCCCAUCUUGCAGGUAGCGACAUUGUCACAUCCGCCAGCAGCAACGACACCGCUGGCAGGAGCACAGACGGGUUGCCGGAGCAGAAGAUCUUCCCAGGCAUCGUUCAUGAAACGAUUCGAAGAGGAAGUAUGCUCGCCCAGCUGUCUUGUGACAAUGGGAGUCAUUGA